AUGUCUAUGUCCGAUUCCGAUUCCUCCUCUUAUUUCGGCGAUUGCAAAAGUUUCAAACUAAUAAGCCGCGAGCGAUUAUUACAUGAAAUGCUGAGGUCAACAAAAACGGGGGAUUCCAAACCAACUUGGAAGGUACUAAUAAUGGACAAACUUACUGUAAAGAUAAUGUCUCACUCAUGCAAGAUGACUGAUAUCACCGAUGAAGGUGUUUCAUUGGUGGAAGACAUAUACAAGCGAAGGCAGCCAUUGCCCUCCAUGGAUGCUAUAUAUUUCAUCCAGCCAACCAGAGAGAAUGUAAUUAUGUGUUUAUCAGACAUGUCUGGAAGGACACCCUUGUACAAGAAAGCAUUUAUUUUCUUCAGUUCAAGUAUUUCCAAAGAAUUAGUUAUGGAUAUUAAGAAAGAUACAAAGGUGUUGCCUCGAAUAGGUGCAUUGAGAGAGAUGAAUUUGGAGUAUUUUCCUAUAGACAGCCAGGGUUUCAUCACAAAUAAUGAGAGGGCAUUAGAGGAGCUAUUUGGGGAUGAAGAGAAUACUCAUAGAGGUGUUACAUGUUUGAAUGUGAUGGCAAAACGAAUUGCCACAGUUUUUGCUUCCUUAAGAGAAUUUCCUUCAGUUCGCUUUCGUGCUGCCAAGUCCCUAGAUGCAACCACGAUGACAACUUUCUGUGAUCUUAUACCUACAAAGCUUGCUGCUGGAGUCUGGGACAGUCUUAUGAAAUAUAAAAAAUGUAUACCUAAUUUUCCUCAGACAGAGACCUGUGAAUUGCUCAUUCUUGACAGAUCUAUUGAUCCGAUUGCUCCCGUGAUACAUGAAUGGACCUAUGAUGCCAUGUGUCAUGAUUUGCUGAAUAUGGAGGGAAAUAAAUAUGUUCACGAAGUUCCUGGCAAAUCUGGUGGUCCACCAGAGAGAAAAGAUGUUCUUUUGGAAGAACACGAUCCUGUAUGGCUUGAACUUCGCCAUGCUCAUAUUGCAGAUGCUAGUGAAAGGCUGCAUGAGAAGUUGACCAACUUCGUUUCAAAGAACAAAGCUGCACAAAUACAACAUGUUUCACGAGGUAGCGGUGAUAUGUCAACUAGGGAUAUACAAAAGAUGGUCCAAGCACUUCCACAAUACAGUGAACAAGUUGACAAGCUCUCCCUCCAUAUAGAAAUUGCAGGAAAGAUUAAUAGAAUCAUUAGGGAGUCGGGACUACGGGAACUUGGCCAGCUGGAGCAAGAUCUUGUUUUCGGAGAUGCAACAACAAAAGAUGUGAUCAAAUUUUUUACCACGAAAGAAGAUAUAACCCAUGAAAAUAAGUUGCGCCUGUUAAUGAUUCUUGCCUGUGUUUAUCCUGAGAAAUUUGAGGGAGAAAAGGGUCUGAAUUUGAUGAAGCUAGCAAAACUGACGGAAGAGGAUAUGAGUGUUGUGCAUAAUUUGAGAAUGCUUGGGGGACAACCAGUUACCAAAAAAAAUUCGACCUCUGCUUUUGGUCUUAAGUUUGAUAUCCGUAAGAAGAAGCGUGCUGCAAGGAAGGAGCGUCCCGGUGAAGAAGAGAAAUGGCAGCUAUCACGCUUUUAUCCAAUAAUAGAGGAACUCAUUGAAAAACUCGCCAAAAAUGAAUUGUCAAAGGAAGAUUAUCCAUGUUUGAAUGAUCCAAGUCCAUCUUACCACGGCUCACCCUUUUCUUGGCCUUUAAACCAAAGUCCUCAUUCUAUGAGAUCAAGACGAACACCAAGUUGGGCUCGACCGCGAGGUUCUGAAGAUGGAUAUUCAAGCGAUUCGGUGCUUAGACAGGCAUCGAGUGAUUUCAGGAGGGUGGGGCAACGAAUCUUUGUAUUCAUUGUCGGUGGCGCAACCAGAUCUGAGCUUAGGGUUUGCCAUAAGCUUACCGAAAAGCUAAAGAGGGAGAUUAUUCUCGGCUCAUCAAGUCUUGAUGACCCUGCACAAUUUAUUACGAAAUUAAAGAUGAUAACGACGCACGAGCUUUCAUUAGAUGAUAUCCAGAUAUGA